AGCAAAACGCGCUCGCUACAUCGCCACCAUAGUUGCCACAACAAGAGGAAGUAGUAGUAGUAACCAUUAAAGCGCUUUCUAAGCUCAGGUUGUGCCGCUCAAAUCAGAUUAUUUGGAAGGUAAACUGGCUUCUGACGUAAAAGGAUUACAGACCGUCAGAGGAGCAUCGCAUGUGCUGCUCGCUCACGGUCAGCAGCAAAAGCAGCAGCAGCAGCAGCAGGAGCAGCAGCAGCGUGCCGCCUCCAGUCAACAAACCCUCCUCUCCCUCUCUCUUUCAGGUCCUGAGCAUGACUCCUCAGAUAUAUCUCUGCCACUGAACAGGACGGACAACCGCCGGUAUAACAUGGCUUCGUAUCUUGAGAUCGCUGAUGAUGAGAAAGGCUACGAUCUGGACCUUUUCUGCGUUCCCAGACAUUAUGAAAACGAUUUGGACAAGGUGAUCAUCCCCCACGGACUCAUUAUGGACAGGACAGAGCGUCUCGCCCGGGACAUAAUCCAGGACAUGGGGGGACACCACAUUGUCGCUCUGUGUGUUCUUAAAGGAGGCUACAAGUUCUUUGCAGAUCUCUUGGACUACAUUAAAGCACUUAACCAGAACAGUGAUAAAUCAGUCCCCCUGACAGUGGAUUUCAUUAGGGUGAAGAGCUACUGUAAUGACAAAUCAACAAACAGUGUCAAAGUCAUAGGAGGGGAUGAGUUGUCCAAUCUCUCAGGCAAGAAUGUUUUGAUUGUCGAGGAUAUUGUGGAAACAGGAAGGACAAUGCAGACGCUACUGUCCUUGCUGAGUGAAUGUAAUCCCAAGAUGGUCAAAGUUGUGAGCCUUCUGGUGAAGAGGACACCAAGGAGUUCAGGGUAUAGACCAGACUACAUUGGUUUUGAGGUACCAGAUUCCUUUCUUGUGGGUUAUGCUUUGGACUACAAUGAAUACUUCAGAGAUCUCAGUCACAUCUGUAUACUGAAUGAUCAAGCCAAGGAGAAGUACAAGGUGUGAGCAGAUAUUUUGCAGCAAUGGCGAUGACUGAAUCAGAGAAGACUAGGACCACUGUGAUGACCCUCCUUAGCUUUGCUGUGUUUUGAGUCUUAUUUUUCUACACAGAAAUCCACAGAAUGUGUGGAUUGUAAAUACCUAAACAAAGAAUAUUUAAUUUCCCCCUAAUGAAUAAGCGGGAUCACAUAUGUGUAAAAUAUUUUGGUUGUUCAAUUUUAAUUUAUUUAUUCAGUUGUGUAUUCCUUGUAUAUCUGUAAACUGAAGUUCUAUAUUGGAGAUGAAAAAGAAGAAUGUGUGAUUCAUUUGUUCUAGCUUAUCACAUCCCAUGUCUCAGGCUCCUGUCUGCUUUAUGUUUAGUGAGCAGUCAGUCCAACUUAAGUAGUCCUUGGUUUAAACUUAUUUAUAUUUUGACUUAAAAUGUGCAAAUAUCCUCUCAUUAUGCCAUAAAAUGACUGACCUGGAAUGUACUGUAUUUUUUGUUUGUUUCAAAUCCGAUGUUUUCAUCGAGGACCCGUUUACAGCAAGACAGUCUGGCUGCAGUUCUCCACUGUCAGGACCCCGCCACUGGAGGCCAGGAAGUGAACUCAAAUUACAAAAUAAAAUUGGGUAGACACUUA